CCCGUGCCGAUGUCAAAUUGACAGCAUUCACAGCCAGUCGUGAAAAGCAAUACAUUGAUAAUUUUGACUACAUUGGAAAGUCAACCAUUUCAUCAGAUUUUGUGGAGAUAGAUAGGAACGCGCAAGAAAUAAUGAAAAAAGGUGGUUUAAGCAAGUAUGGUGUUCCAUCCUUAACGACUGGAGAUGGCAACUGUCUUUUUAAUUCAGCAUCAAUCGCACUUACUGGUAACGAACUUUUAUCAAAUGAGCUAAGAUUACGAACAGCUAUAGAAAUGGCAGAGAAUUCUGACAAGUAUAAAUCGCGCCUUGAUUAUGACGAAAUUAUGAAACACUCUCCGGACUACUCAGAAUCACUUCAGUCAUGUUGUACAGACGGUGGAUAUUCAAGUAUUUGGACCGUGAUGGCGCUGUCAACUGUAAUUGGAAAACCCAUUCAAACCCUAUACCCACAAAUGAACAGUGAAACAGACACAGCGCCAUAUGCCUUAUCCAAAUUAUUCGUUCCGAGCGGGAGUGAAAACUCCCAACCUUUGACCAUAUUAUGGUCACGUAUGGGACCAACAAAUGGUAAAUUUUGGACUCCAAAUCAUUUUGUGCCUGUCAUUAGUAAUGUCCAUUUUAUACCAAAACACUUCAGCACGCCCGAUUCGUUCAAAAAACGUGAAGACUGCCUUUCUGACACUGAAAAUAUUGCACUGAAAACUCCCAACACGGACAUGUCAUUUAUUUCAGAGUCUUCAGAUAUGAAGCAUAUACACUUAAAUGAGUCGCAAGAUUCAGAAGUUGAAACAACGACAGACCAAAUUGAUUCUAACCCAGAACUCUCGGAAGUUAUUGACAUUCCCGAUCACAAAGAAGAAAAAAGUGAAACAUUAAUCCUUCAAACUCCUAAAAAUGUUGUACCGUCCACAAAGUGGCACGAUGCUACGGAAAUCUUAAACAUAAUUACGAACAAAGAACAUUUAUUUGUGCACACUGAGGUCCCACCGGGGAAUAAAUCAAACUGUUACAUGCUAGUUGACAAUUCCCGCAAUAUUGUGAAUGUAGAAAGAAAGGGAAAAUGUGAAUUCUUCGAUGAUAUUGGAGUAUGGGACAGUUCCAAAGGAAAUACGGUGAAAUCAACAUUUGUCCUUGAAGAGAAUGGACACUUGAAAAGUGUAGAAUAUAAAAACGGGAAAUACUGUGUCAAAAAAAGGUUAAAAGGAAAUGUAUUCUAUGAGCCACUUCCAAAUCAACCGUCGGACAACGAAGUUUACAUUUUAAGUAGGUAUUAUACACAGUUAAAAAGAGAGCAAACUUUCAAAAAACGUGUUUCAUACUUCACGAAGAAAUCUGAUCUAAAUGUUGCGAGUGUCGCGUUGUACGAAUACCAGGGAAAUCAACCCAUUGAAUCUAAACCACAUGGUAAUGCACGGACGGGAAAAACGUUCACACGGACUAAUCCAAAGACAAUGGACAAGCUGAAACAGUUGAAUGAACAUGACAAACCUAAAAAGAUUUUCCAUUGUUUAAAAAAAGACGAUUCUAUGGAUUGUCCUCGUGAUUUUAAAGUUGUUAAGAAUAUAAAAUAUAAAAGUAAACAGAAAGUUCAGGACACAAACAAAUGCAAUCAACGUGACAAUAUAGCUGAUGAAAUACUAGAAGUUCUAAGUAUGAUAAAUGAUCACCCCUAUGUCCAAACAUUUAUACAAAACAAAGACAAGGUCCCUUCAAUAAUAUGCUAUACAAAUGAACAAAUGACAGAUCUUAAACAUUUCCUUAGGAAUGGCAAGAAACAGCCAAUUGGAAUAGACAGAACCUUCAAUUUAGGGAAAUUUUUUGUGACAGUUCUAGUUUACAAAAAUCAAAGAAUUUUCCGAAAGAACACCAAUGAAAACCCAAUUUUCUUAGGACCAGUUCUUUUACAUAAAGACGCUUCAUACAAAACAUACAAAGUUUUUCUGCAACAUAUAGCUACCGAAGUAGAUAGUGACAUUAAUACAAUUGAAAUGAGAAUAUCAGAAAAUAUGGAAUUCGGUACAGAUGAUGAAAAAGCCCUUACUAAGGCAAUUGAAGAAGUGUUUCCAUCAGCUGAUAGAUAUUUGUGUACCAAGCAUCUAAAAGACAAUGUUAAACAUUACCUUCAAAACAAAAUCGGCGUUGAAAUUAAACAAAGAAACAUAUUAAUGAAUGAUUUGUUUGGUAGCGGGGGCUUGAUAGAUGCAGACUCCACUUUGGAUUUUGAAACUAAGGCCUCAGAGUUUGAGGAAAAAAUUGACAAAGAAAACGAUUCACUAAAAACGUAUUUCUGUAACAAUCUUAAACCAAGACUGUUAGAAUUUGUCUUCAAACCGAGUCGAAAAACAAAUGGAUUUAAGAAUUGGACAAACAACAACGCAGAAUCAAUGAACAAUAUACUUAAACUAUCUUUAGACUGGAAACCGAAACGAACCCGAGAACUAGUCGAAAAAAUGUAUGAUAUAACAAAUCUCCAUUUCAUGGAUUAUCGAAGUGCCCUCCAUGACACGGGUAACUACGACCUGACGCCGAAUGAACGUCGUGUUUACCAUAUCCCUGACUCAAUUUGGCGCUGUAAGACAGAAGAUGAAAAAAAUGAAAUAUUUGACAAAUUCUUGAUGGACAAAAAGAGACUGAUAAAAAUGAAGUAUGUUGAGGCCAAAAACGGAAAGUACACAGUUAUUGACAAAGCUAGUGGUGUGGCUAAGAAACCAGGACAGCGCAAGCGUCCCCUAAAUGAAAGAACUAGGAAGCGAUGAUUGUCCCAAAUUAUAAAGACAAAAAUACAGUGCACAUGCAUUUAAAUGUUCAUGCUGAGAAUAUGAAAGUUAAUGAAUUUGUAUGCAUAUUGUUUGACUUUUUGUAGCAAUGCCUUUAACAAACAUAAAAUAAAAACUGACAAGUAAAUUUUAGAAAUGCCGGAAAUGUGUGAAUUAAUAAUAAAUCGAUCACUGGAGUAUACCAGGUAUAUUCGGGAAGAAUAGUAUAAACUGUUUUCAGACCUAUCUAUACAUGCAUGUCGUCUUUGAAAUGUACAUAUAAUGUUAUACACAAUGCUGUAUAAGUAGCAAUAUAAUAUUUGUUAUUGAACAUUUUAUUUGUGUACUUACUUGUCUUUCUAUUUGCUGCAUCGUAUGUGUUACAUAACAGAUACAUUUUUUUACCAACUCAUGAAUUGUCUUGUUCAAUAAUCGACUCUCAAAACCAUUGGAAGUAAAAAAUAAAUAAUAUCAUUAUGUUUGUUAAUAAAAGUGAAUUUGAGUGUCACUGUUUGUUGCCAUGCCAUUUUGUUGAAAAAGAAAUAGACUUUGUUUACAUAUUUUGUUAAAAAAAAAAGAUUAAAUGUUCUUAUAUUCUGUUGAAAUCAUUGUUUUUUAUUCCAAGUGAAAUAUAUCUUUAAAAUUAUACAUUUGUUAAUUGACCAUUGUA